AUGCCCGACAAUGCCAGUAGUGUGUUCAGUACGUCCCUCAUCGGGAAGGAUGUUGUAGUGGAGCUAAAAAAUGAUCUUAGCAUAUGUGGAACCUUGCACUCUGUAGACCAAUACCUGAAUAUCAAGUUGACAGAUAUAAAUGUAACGGAUACCGAAAAAUAUCCACACAUGCUCUCUGUAAAGAACUGCUUCAUUCGUGGGUCUGUUGUUCGCUACGUUCAGUUACCUGUUGAUGAAGUAGACACUCAGCUCUUACAAGAUGCAGCAAGAAGAGAAGCACAGCAACAGCGACAAUAAAAUAAAAUAAUUUGUUUUAAUUUUUUUGCUUUAAUUUUCCACAUUAAUUAAAUGCAGUUAUUUAAGUUUAUGCAUUAUUAAAUAAUGCAUUUCAUUUAGUUCCUUUUAUUUGUUGGUUGUGUAAGUCAUGAUGUUUGCAUAUCAUCUGUUUCAGUAUUUUCAUCUUUAACUUUAAGCCUUUUCAUUUAGUAUUCAACUUUAAGCCUUUUCAUUUAGUAUUCAAGGAUUCAUUCUUUUAUACCUUCUUAGGCAAGGUUUUGAUGAAAUUUAUAUAAAUGGAUACUAUUAUAAAAAUAAAGAUACAGUAGGCUUUGAAAUAUUUUUGAUUGUGUUUAAGCAAAAUUUCUGUAACGUCAAGUGGCACCCAUUGACAAUGCUAAUGUCCUGAAUAUACAGACAGUGAAACUCAAGAUAUUGGUAGGAGAAUAAAAGUGUAGAAAUAGAUUACAGUAAUAGCGUAGGCAGAUAAUUUAUUAAUCGUUUUUACAUGAAGUUUCCAUGUAAUAGAUAGAGUAUCAUGAUUUUGAGUUGUAAAGGAAUUUAUAUUUUUUGUGGAUUAAAGUGAUUCAUCUACGGUAAAUUAAUGUCAAAAUGUAUUGUAUGUACUUUAUUAAAUAAUUCUUAAUAAA